UUGCUGGUCUCGUUAGCCUGGAGUGGAUAUCUCGAAUAUGAUCAAGAUGUCCUCAUACCCAAGGACUGGACCCACGUUGGUCGAGUUGAUCCAUCGGAGGAGCUGCAGCUGACCUUUGCCCUGAAGCAGCAGAACGUUCAGCUGCUGGAGGAAAUGGUCAGACUGGUGUCAGACCCCGAUUCAGCUCAGUAUGGUAAAUAUCUCAGCCUGGAGGAAGUGGCUUCACUUGUGCGUCCAUCGGAGCUCUCCCAGAAGGCGGUGCGUCACUGGCUGCAGAGACACGGGAUUUCAAACUGCUCCACCGUUCGCACUCAGGAUUUUUUGCAGUGCACCAUGACUGCAGAGCUUGCAGAGACUUUACUUCCAGGGAGUAAGUUCCAUCGUUAUGUCAGAGAUGGUCGUUUCCUAGUGAGGUCGUCGGCUCCGUACUCUGUCCACGAUCACGUUCACCAGCACCUCGAUUUUGUCGGUGGGCUUCAUCGUGUCCCACCUAAGGAGAAGGACCUUAAAGGGAAGCGACAGCCGGGUAAGGCAGGUGUGCACCUCGGAGUGACUCCGGCCAUCCUGAGGGCUCGCUACAAUCUGACAGCAGCCGAUGUGGGAUCUGUUCAGAACAACAGCCAGGCCGUGGCCCAGUUCCUGGAGCAGUACUACCACCCAGCCGACUUGGCCGAGUUCAUGAAGAUGUUUGGCAGCAGCUUUCAGCACCUUUCUCAGGUGGACAGAGUUGUGGGCACUCAGGGAGUAGGGAAGGCCGGCCUGGAGGCCAGUCUGGAUGUAGAGUACAUCAUGAGCACCGGAGCGAACAUUUCCACCUGGGUCUUCACUAAUCCAGGUCGUCACGAGUCCCAGGAGCCCUUCCUCCAGUGGAUGGUCCUGCUCAGCAAUAUGUCAGGCCUGCCCUGGGUUCACACCAUCAGUUACGGGGACGACGAGGACAGCUUGUCCACGGCCUACAUGAUGCGCAUCAACACGGAGUUUAUGAAGGCCGGUGUCCGGGGGUUCUCGCUGCUCUUUGCCUCUGGCGACAGUGGCGCUGGAUGCAGACACAUGGGCAAAGAGAACUCUUUCAGGCCCAGCUUCCCUGCGUCAAGCCCAUAUGUGACUACGGUGGGUGGAACCUCAUUCAAGAACCCAUUCAAAGUCACCUAUGAAGUCACAGAUUACAUCAGCGGAGGCGGUUUCAGCAACGUCUUCGACACCCCCGACUACCAGGCCAGUGCAGUGGAGGGGUACCUGAAGAGCGUGGCAGCAACUCUCCCUCCUAAGUCGUACUUCAAUACCAGCGGCCGGGCCUACCCCGACAUGGCUGCCCUGUCUGACAACUACUGGGUGGUCAGCAACAGGGUGCCCAUCCCCUGGGUGUCUGGGACCUCGGCGUCCACCCCUGUGGUCGGAGGCAUGCUGUCCCUCAUCAACGGCCAGCGUAUGUUGAAGGGUCUGCCCGCCCUGGGCUUCCUCAACCCCCUCCUCUAUAAGCUGAAGGGCCAGGGCCUGUUUGAUGUGACCGAAGGCUGCCACCUGAGCUGUCUGGAUGAGCAGGUUCAGGGGAAGGGUUUCUGCGCCGCACCUUCGUGGGACCCCGUCACCGGCUGGGGAACGCCGAACUACCCGGCACUGCUGGCCGCCCUCUUAACCGACUGA